AUGUUUACCGCAUCGACUGCCGCAGCCAUCCUGGCCUUUUGCGCUUCGAGCGCAUCUGGCUGGGUCAUUGGAAAAGAGCAGACCGAGACGCAUCCCAAGAUGACAUGGCAGCGUUGCACCGGCAAAGGCGGAACAUCCUGCAGCAACGUCAAUGGCGAGAUUGUCAUUGAUGCCAACUGGCGCUGGCUUCAUUCUGUCGGGGGCUACACCAACUGUUACGAAGGCAAUCAGUGGAACACUACAGCCUGCCCCAGCAACUCCGCAUGUACUAAGAACUGCGCUAUUGAAGGUUCUGAUUACCGUGGAACCUACGGCAUCACGACUUCAGGCAACUCGCUUACUCUCAAGUUCAUUACAAAGGGCCAGUACUCUACUAACAUUGGGUCGCGUACCUAUCUAAUGAAAGAUACAAACAACUACGAGAUGUUCAAUCUGAUUGGAAAUGAAUUUACAUUCGACGUGGAUCUCUCGCAGCUGCCUUGUGGUUUGAACGGCGCACUGUACUUUGUUUCGAUGCCUCAGAAAGGCCAGGGAACACCCGGUGCCAAAUACGGAACAGGCUACUGCGACGCGCAAUGUGCUCGAGACUUGAAGUAUGUUGGUGGAGAAGCCAACGCCGAAGGCUGGACGCCAUCCGACUCAGACCCAAAUGGGGGCGUUGGUAAGAAGGGCGCAUGCUGUGCCGAAAUGGACGUCUGGGAAGCCAACUCCAUGGCUACGGCCCUAACGCCGCAUUCCUGCCAGCCCGAAGGCUACUCAGUCUGCACUGACACCGGAUGCGGUGGUACCUACUCGCUGGACCGCUAUGCAGGCACCUGUGACGCCAACGGAUGCGACUUCAACCCAUACCGUGUCGGUGUGACGGAUUUCUACGGCAAGGGCAAAACAGUCGAUACAUCCAAGAAGAUGACGGUGGUGACGCAGUUCCUAGGCUCAGGCAACCAACUCACGGAGCUCAAGCGCUUCUACGUGCAAAACGGCAAGGUCAUUGCCAACCCCGAGCCCACAAUCCCAGGCAUGACCGGCAACUCCAUCACCCAGCAGUGGUGCAACACGCAACAGGAAGUCUUCCAGGAGGAAAUCUACCCCUUCAACAAGUUCGGCGGCAUGGAGUCCAUGGGCAAGGGCAUGGCAAUGGGCAUGGUCCUCGUCAUGUCGCUGUGGGACGACCACUACGCCAACAUGCUCUGGCUCGACAGCAACUACCCGACUGACGCCGAUCCCUCCAAGCCCGGUGUUGCGCGCGGCGCCUGCGACGUCACCAGCGGUGUGCCUGCUGAUGUGGAAAGCGCGAAUCCCAAUGCCCAGGUCGUGUUUUCCAAUAUCAAGUUUGGUCCUAUUGGAAGUACGUUUGCGCAGCCGGCGUAG